AGCUGAGUUUUCAGGGCGACAGGUAACAGUUCCUUGUGACAGGAAAGGAGGUACCUGGGGCCAUCACUUUGAGGUGCUCUGUGCCCGUGUCUGCAGCAGCCUUGGCUGGCAGAGGAUGCCUUUGCCUCUCGGAGCAUCGCAGGUGACACUGUGAGAGCUGCCCACACACGUGAGCCUGCAAGUGGUCUCUGGACAGGAAGCUGCAGCGGCCGCUCCUGGGCAAGUCUCAGACGCUGCCCAGCAUUCCGCAGUCGCCGGUGCUGAGCCGGCUGCCCCUGCUGGAGCCCACAGCCUACAGGGACGAGAUGCCGGAGCAGAAGCCCUACAAGAAGCACUCGGGCUCUGAGCACCAGAAAGGCUGCACGGUCCCUUCUGCCGGGGAGGCCUGGCGGCUGGAGGAUGACUGCUCGGAGCCCCCCGGGGCCCCCCGGCUGGGCACGGCGGUGGAGGACGCCCCGUUCAGCUACUUCCGCACCCGCUCCUUCUACAUGAGGAAGAGCUUGUCUGUGGACAACCACCUGGGCUCCCUGAGCUACGCCGUGCACCCGGCCGAGAGCAAGGCCGAGCGCGUCAGGACCAAGCUGCGGCGGCAGUUUAGCCUGGGGUCAGCGGACAAGAAGGACUUUUACCAGCCAAAGUCGGAGAGCAGCCUCGCUAGGUUUGCCCACCGCUUGUCGGUGAAGCAGAAGCAGGAGAAGAGAAGGAAAGCUGAGUAUGGCUCGGCCGAGCUGUCUGCCUUCCGGCCCAGGUCUCUGAGCAUUGAAUGGUCCUCCUCCCCUAAAAUGACGCAGCAGAUGCGGGACCUGCAGCUGGCACAGGCCAGGAAGCCACCAGGCCCUUCCUCACCAAAUGCAGCCAAGAGGCUCUACCGAAACCUGUCUGGGAAAUUCCGCGUCAACUACACCUCCUUUGAUGAGGGCAGUCUGGUGGGACGGGGUGAGAAGGAGAAGCUCCGCAAGUCCUACCUGUUCCAAAGCAAUGCUGCACUCUUUGAGGCUGUGGAGCUUCAGGACCUUGACAGGGUGCAGGAGCUGCUGAAGCACUACAGCCCUGAGGAGCUGGACCUCAACACCCCCAACAGCGAGGGGCUUCUGCCCCUGGACAUCGCCAUCAUGACCAACAACGCUCCCAUUGCCAGGGCCCUGCUGCAGGCAGGAGCAAAGGAGAGCCCACACUUUGUGAGCCUGGAAAGCCGCUCGCUGCACCUGUCCACGCUGGUGCGGGAAGCGGAGCAGCGUGUCAACGAGCUGAUGGCACAGGUGGUGAAUGAGGCGCCCAACGCUGACUGCUCCGAGAAGGAGAAGCAGCUCAAGGCCUGGGAGUGGCGGUUCCGGCUUUACAAGCGCAUGAAGGCAGGGUUUGAGCAUGCCCGAGUGCCAGAUGCCCCCAGCAGCGUCCACCUCUCUGUGGCCAGCAGCUCCUCAUUGCAGGUGACCUUCUGGGAGCCCCUGAGUGUCAACUCUGCCGUUGUCACCAAGUACAAAGUGGAGUGGAGCUGUUCCCCCACCUUCUCGCCAUUGCUGGGAGAAGCUGUGAUCGACAAGCUGAAGGACCUGCACUUCACCAUUCAGGGGCUGGUGUCGGGCACAGCGUACCACAUCCGUGUGUCUGCCUACAACAUGAAGGGCUGGGGUCCCCCGCAAGCCUCCAUGCCCCCCUUUGCCAUCCCUUCCAACUGGCGGGAGUAUGAUGGCCGGGCGCCACGGCGGAGGGGACAGGCUGAAGCUCUGGACCAUCUGCUGGGCCAGGUGAAGACUGUCCACCAGCACUGCAUUUGCCAUGAGCCCUGCAAGAACCAGCCCCAGAGCAGAAAGCAUUCGGUCUCCAAGAGCCUCAAGCAUCUCUUCCACCCUGGCAGCAAGUUUCUCAAGACACUGAAGCGGGGCCUCUACCUGACAGCCAUCUUCUACAAGGAUGACAACAUCCUGGUGACGCAUGAAGACCAGAUCCCCGUGGUGGAGAUCGAUGACACCUACUCCUGCCUACUCAUGCAGGAUUUCCUCUGGCUCACCAAGGUUUCAUGUAUGUGGGAUGAGAUCCUGUGGCUGCGGCAGUGUGUCACCGUGUCCCAGUCCUCCUGCUCCUGCAUCCUGCAGACGCGCUUCAAGAUGCUGCUCGCCAUCUCGCAGAUGCAGGGGCUGCUGGGCAUCCAGGACCUGGGGCAGGUCUUCUUUGAGCCCAUCAAAGACAAACAGGGCAACAUCCUCAUCGUCACCCUGAAGGAGGUGAAGACCAACCAGACCUUCGAGAGCGUCCGCUGGGUCCCCAUCUGCAAACUGCAGAGCAGCCGCAAGUCCGUGUCCUCCCCAGAGGAGCCCACGGCUCUGGACACACUGCUCAUCUCCGUCCAGGACAAGCUGGCUUACCACCAGCGGAGCAGCCAUGCCCUCUCCCCAGGCCUCUACCUGGGCUACUUGAAGCUGUGCAGUGCCGUGGAUCAGAUCCGAGUGCUGGUGCCAGAGCAGCUCCCCAAUAUCCUGUGCCACGUCAAGAUUCGCUCCAACCCCAACAUCUCCAGGGAGGAGUGGGAGUGGCUGCAGAAAAUGGCCAGCGUGGAGGAGCCUGUUCCCACAGAGCCAGAGGCUGACAGGUCCCAGAACCCCUUGUUUCAGGAGCUCCAAGUGGCCAUCAAGGAGCUGAUGACCCUGGUGAACAUCCCGUUGCAAGAGGCCAAAGACUUCCGUCUGUACAGCCAAGAGGUGCUGGACUUUGGGGAUCAGGUCUCCUUCCUGUUGCUGCUGCCUCCAUCAGAUGACGUCUGCACUGCUCCAGGCCAGAACAAUCCUUAUACCCCUCGCUCUGGCUUCCUCACACUGCCACUGCAGAUCUUCGAGCUGGUCCACUUCUUCACCUAUGACCGGGAGUUCAUCACGCAGUACUGCCAGGUGUCCGCCCUGCUGGAGCUGGAGUCACUCCUCUCCCAGCAGAGCCUCAGGGAGGCUUUCUCUGAUGCUGAGCUCUCCACUGCCAAGCAGAGGCACCAGCAGGUUCAGGACUACAUCCAGCAAAUGGAGGAGAUCUGGCGAGAGAUGCGCUGGAUCAUGGAUGUCCUGCAGCACGCCCGCUACAAGCAGCCCUCCUGUGGGGUCUCUCUCAGCGGCUUCCUCAGCGAGCCCGGGGGGCCAGCAAAGGAGCAAACCCCAUCCUCCUUGUCCCACCUUGACUACCUUCCAUCCCCAGUGCCCUCACCGGAGACCAGCCGCAAGCUCAACUCUGACUCGCACGGGCUGUCGGAUGAGGAAGGCUCCUCGGAGGUGUUCCUGGCCACCGACAGUGACUACGACUCCAGCCGGGCGCAGAGCCCGAAGGAGCUGGACCUGGUGUGCUCCUCCUCGGGGCCCGAGGGCUGCAGCCGGAGGGGGGCCCGCAGCCUGCGGGACAGUGCCCCGGACGUCCUGCAGAGCCACGAGCUCAAGGCCUCACCCCCAGCGCCGCCACCGUCCGAGGAGCCCCGGCCACCGGCCAAGCUCUAUGACAGUGACUUUGUCCUGCCCAGCCGGCAGAUCGAGCUGCUGCGCAUCACGGAGAAGCGACAGGCGUACUGCGUUCGGACCAGCAGCCUGGACUUCCCCAAGCCCCACUGCCCCGCCCCGAGAAAGUCCUGCCCCGGCUCCGUGGACAGCUCCCCGGCNCCGGCAGGGCUCGGAGCCCGUCUGCCGGACGCGCUCGGAUGA